AUGGAGGAUAAAUCCCCUUCUCUCUGUAGGCUGUGCGAUGUAAAAUUCGACAGUCCAAGUGAAUGGCGACAGCACGCAAAGAGCGACUGGCAUGUCUACAAUCUCCGAAUGAAAAUCGCAGAACCUGGGGCCGUCAUAUCACCGCCAUUAGCAUCACAGAGCACAAAAAGAACAUCAUCACCAAAGGGAAAGAAAGCUGUAGAGGUGGAAGAUGAUGCAAACUUGAACGAUGAAUCUGGUGAUGACAGUGACGGUGAUGUGGAUGGUGGCACAGAGCUUUCCGCACAGCUGGAAUUUAACUCCGGACAAUGUCUCUUUUGCGGCGAGAAGCACGAAAACUUUGGCGAAAAUCUCGAGCACAUGUCCAAAGCACACAGCUUCACCAUCCCUCAACCAGCCUAUCUCAUAGUCGAGCCCGAGACGCUCGUCGGAUACUUGCACCUCGUCAUCCACGGAAACGGCGAAUGCAUCCUAUGCGCCGCACGUCGCAGCACUGUCGAAGGAAUCCAACACCACAUGACCGCCAAAGGACACUGCCGCUUCAACGUCGCAUCAGACCUAGCCGAAUUCUACGAUGUUCCUUCGCGGGAAUACCAAGCCGGCGAGAAAUCCUUGCGGCUACCUUCGGGGAGACUUCUCAGCCACCGGACAGGACCAAGCCGAUCAGCCCUGGCGAGAAUAGCUCGCCAAUCAGCAGAGCGCCACUUGGAAGAUAGUACGACCACGGCGUUGGCAACACGACCAAAUGAAUCAGAGCUUGUUCCGGCGCAGAACAACGACGACAAUCCUCCUCUAGCAGCACCGUCCACGCAGCUAUCACAGCUUAGUCGGGGCGACCAGCAAAGUCUUGCACAUCUACCUGAUCAUGAAGUGCGAUCGCUCCUCGCAACCAGUGCGAGGGCCAUUGAUCAAUCGAAACGAGAAGAGCAGCAUUCGCAGCUCGGACUUGCGCAGGCGGGGAAUACAACGUUGACUGGGCAUUUUAGAAUGGAUACGUCUAAGCGAUUCAGAGGACCUUGGGGUUAGGGCGAUGUCAUACAUCCAGCGGUUUUGGAUUGUUUAACAAAACUCUUUUCCCUUUUCCCCUCUUUUCUUUCUAGUAGCGAGAGCGUUGUAGAUGCAUCUAUAGCGAAUACAGUUCUAUUACAAUGCAAAUGACAGUUUAGUAAAUGUGAAACGGCCAUCUAGGUCGGCAAAGUUACCAGAUAAGCUUAGAAUUUUGGAGUACCUGCAGCUUAAAUGCAGAGUGAAGCAAGAUAUUCGCUUUGAUUCAACUGCCACUCGUCUGAAUGGGGAAUGCUAUACAAAAUACAAUAUGCCUAAUAUAAAGAGUGCACAUAUAGAUGCGAUUUAGUCUGACCCUUAAAUCGAUCAUGCAUAAUUAUUCUAUUUACUUGGCUGUAAUUCCACGCAGAUUUUGACAUAGCAAAAUAAAUGACCCGUGCAUAUAAAAAAAAAAAAAAAAGAAAAAAGAAAACAAGACAAAGUAAAAUAGGUGCUGGAGAGUCCGUUUCCUUCUCAUACCCUUGAUCCCUCCCAUUCAGCCGUGAACAUCCGUCCUCAGCCCAGACCCAACAAUUUCCACCUUAUCCAUUACCGUGGCCUUCCCUUCCUAACAAAUCCUUCCAGCUCAUGAUAACAACCAGGUUACGUCCGCAAACACAUUUGAAAGAGAUAUUGUCUUCUCUCUCAUAAAAGGGUAUAAUAUGCCUAUUCAG